GGCGAGCGUCUCGGGGACCGGCAGGGAGGCGCGUUGAGCAGCCAUGGCCGCGGUGCUGCGGGCUCUGGCGCUGGGCUGCCUGGCCUUGCUCGUGCUCUGGGCCGGCCCCGGCGUCGGCGGGCAGAAGAAGAAGGAGAUGGUGCUUUCAGAAAAAGUCAGUCAACUGAUGGAGUGGGCCAGCAAAAGAUCCGUCAUUCGAUUGAAUGGUGACAAAUUUCGCCGCCUUGUAAAAGCGCCACCGAGAAACUAUUCUGUGAUUGUUAUGUUCACUGCUCUUCAGCCUCACAGACAAUGUGUUGUGUGCAAGCAAGCAGAUGAAGAGUACCAGAUCCUGGCAAACUCCUGGCGCUACUCAACUGCAUUCACCAACAGAGUCUUCUUUGCAAUGGUGGAUUUUGAUGAAGGUUCUGAUGUCUUUCAGAUGCUCAACAUGAAUUCAGCUCCGACCUUCAUUAACUUCCCAGCAAAAGGAAAACCCAAAAGAGGAGACACCUAUGAACUGCAGGUGCGGGGAUUUGCUGCGGAACAGCUGGCCCGCUGGGUGGCCGAUAGGACUGAUGUCAAUAUCCGUGUGAUCAGGCCUCCCAACUACGCUGGACCCUUGAUGUUGGGCCUUCUGCUGGCUGUAAUCGGUGGCCUCGUUUACUUGAGGAGAAGCAACCUGGAUUUCCUGUAUAACAAGACAGGCUGGUCUUUUGUGGCCUUGUGUUUUGUUCUAGCAAUGACUUCAGGCCAAAUGUGGAAUCACAUCAGAGGACCCCCUUACGCUCAUAAGAAUCCUCAUAAUGGUCAAGUGAACUAUAUCCAUGGGAGCAGUCAAGCACAGUUUGUUGCUGAAACGCACAUUGUUCUCUUGUUUAAUGCUGGCGUGACGCUCGGCAUGGUGCUCUUGCAUGAAGCUGCUACCUCCGACUUGGAAGUUGGGAAAAGGAAAAUCAUGUGUGUGGCUGGCAUUGGCCUGGUGGUGUUGUUCUUCAGCUGGCUGCUCUCCAUAUUCCGAUCGAAGUACCAUGGCUAUCCAUACAGCUUCUUAAUGAGUUAAAGAAUGUAACGACCUGGCUGUUUAUGCAGAGUGGAAGUGAAGCGUUCAGUGUGUGUGGUUCAUUCUACCUCUCUUUGAAAUGAACAAGAUGGUUGCACGCCAAACCAAAGAUGCCUAGUGCCUUGACAUGACAAGCAGUUUGCUCUAAUACUUAUAGGGGAGUAUUAAGAUAACUUUGAAUCUCUCUGUUUACCUUUAUAAGCCUCGUGUAAUUUGGAAUUUAGAAGCUGGGCUUUGUUUCUUAUUAGUUAAAAGCAAUGAAACUUCAGUCACAAUGCAAAGACCCUCUUCAGACAUACCCUUUUGCUCCAUGUUGUGGGCGGGAGUGGGGGAUAAUAACAUUCCCCCCUCCAAGGUGCAGCUCCUUGCAUGGCAUCGUGGGGGAUUUCCAAAGUUCCCCAGAGAUUUCAGAGGGGCUUUUAGGGCAGUGGGGGAGGGGGGCGGGUCUCAGAAAGAUGUGUUUGCAAUCUGCCAUGUGCCCUUGUGGAUGGUGCUCUGAUUUUUCAAAAGGCCAUUUUCCAGUACUUGUUAGGAUUUCUCGUUUAGCCAAAUUCUCUUUCAUGUUAUGGAGGAGUCCAUGAGCUGUGCUUUCUCUUUAAACUUGAGGUGUUCUAUCCUGAUGCCACUGCUAUUGGGGGUGGGCUUCUGCUGACUUUCUGUGCUAGGAUGUGAGGUGGCAGGUGGUCCUCGGGGAAGGGAGCGAUGGAUUCUGAAUGCCAUUAAAAGUGACAUUCUUGAAAGCAACUUGGGUGGCUUCCCUCAUAGAGAGAGACUAGGUGGUCAUCUCUGCUGAUCUACCUUGGCAGUCUGCUUGAGAGAACUCUUCCUGAACGGCACCUUGUCCCUUGCUGCAAGCUCAGCUCUCGUUGCUCCAGAAAGUGCCCCCGGGAUCAAAACUGUUUUGUGGUUCUGCAGCUGCUACAAACAUUUCCUUCAUUCAGGAGCAUCUGUAUAGUUUAAUCAUUUGGCUUUGCAAAAAUUAUGGCCUGGAUCUGUGUUCCUCAUGUCCAGAAGCAUGCUGAACAUGCUCUGAUCUUCUAGUGCACUUUGGUGUGGUUGUAUUUGAUUAUGCCAGUUGUUAUGGGAGGUUCAGUUCCCUCGCCUCCAAAAUGCAUGACUGUCCCUGUUGAGGCUGAUUGGACUCUCAUCAGCACAAAGGCCUGAUCUAGCAGAUGGUCACUGCUCUAAGCACUAGAGGCUGGAUUUUUAAAAUCCCACAUGACGUCCUUCCGGCAUUUGGGACACAGCCGCGAAUGGGACAUGUGAUGCUUGUGCCAUUGCGUUCAUGCUUUUGUUCGACUGGGGCAAUUAUGAACAGAUCUGGGAUUUCAAGACCUCACAUUCAGAAUCCCGGCUGAGUAGCAGGCUUGCUGAUUUCCUGCUGCUGUGGGCUUUGAAUGGUGCCUGCUUCUAAAUGCAGCGAAACGUGUUUGGGGAGGGAACAAAAGGAGCUCCCAAUAUCUGGAAUCUUAUUUUGACAUCAGAAGCCUGGUGAGAGAGUGGGAGUGUUCUGCUUUGGCUUUUUUGUUGUGUUUUGCUCGGGUGAGAAUUAAGGAAUCAGAAGGCACGUUUCUCCAUCUUGUCCCACCCAAGGCGUUUUGCUUGGUUUUCAUAUUGCUGCCCUGGUGCAUCUAGGAAGUUGUUAAAGAUCGUAGGAACUCUGUUUAACGUGGGAGGGCAGCUGCUUAGCUUGAUUACUGUCUCCUGCAUGGCAGGGUAAUCCUCCUUGGAGGGCGGAUGGAACAUGGUUUAUUAACGUUGAGAAGUCACUGCAGCUGCACUCAGCUAAGUAGUUCUCUCUUAUGCAAGUUUGCUGUGUAUAAUUACACAUUUCAAGUGCCUUAACACAGUCUGUUUUGGGUAUUAACUCAACAAACGUUUCGAAACAUGUUUUUAUACCAUUCAAAGCAUCCAGUUGUAGCAUGGACACUGAAAUGACCAGUUGAGGUUUUGGACAACAUUCAAUAAAUACUUUGCAGUCUUCUCCA